AUGGACGACUAUCUCGCCACCCCGCAGAUUCAUGGUGGAGCGCGGGAACCAGACAAGAUGGCGCCCGGGUCCCCGGGCUCGAGUGGCGGAAAUGGCUCCUCCAGAGGUUCCCCGGGUGGGGAUACAUUGAGCCAAAUGUCGGCUGACUUGACAGCGAUCUCUGCGAAUAUGCUGACUCGCAGUGAUAAAGCAGCGAUGGUGGCGGAACUCCGGGCGGCAAUACGAGAGGAGGUCAUGGCAGUCAGGAGGGACCUAGCAGUGCUGGAGCAGAGGGUGGACAGCCUGGAGGAAGAUCGCCUACAAACCUCUCACCGCCUACAAUCAGCAGAUCUGGCGGCUUCUCGACAGGGGAUCAUCAUCCUGGACCUCCGACGCCAGGUGGAAGACCUCGAUAACAGGGGUCGCCGCAACAACAUCCGCGUGGGAGGUAUGCCGGAGUCGGAAGGGGAAUCACCCAGGGAGCUCCUCACGGGGCUCUUCCACCACAUUCUAGGCGACGAGGCACCGAUGGAGUUUGGCUUCGAGAGAGCGCACAGGGCACUCCGAGCCCCGCGGAGAGAUGGUCUCCCUAGGGACCUCAUCUGCUGCUUACAGUCUUUCCCACUAAAGGAGGCCAUUAUGCGGGCUGCCAGAUCUCAGCGGGUCAUUCAAUAUGGCGACGCACAAAUCUCCCUCUAUCACGACCUUUCCUCGCUGACCCUGGAUGCCCGCAGAGCUUUAAAACCCAUCACAAGCUUGUUGCAGGAGAAGCGCAUACCGUAUAAAUGGGGGUUCCCAUUCAGCCUCCAGGCCAAAGUGGAUAAUCAGUGGCACAUCCUACGCUGGCCCAAUGAAGUUCCGAGAUUUCUACAGGCAGCGGGCCUCCCGCAUGUAGUGGUGCCGAAUUGGAUUCUGGAGUGCCCCCCGGCCCCUGAUGUCCCGGCAGAGACUCUCUCAGCGGCAACAUCAUUGGGACCUCGCCGGCGCGGCCCGGGAGGUCCAGAAGAGUGA